UUGAUCCGAAACACCAGUCAGACGACAGACUGUGGGGCCAUAUUGGGGGCUUUUUCCGUGUCCCCGAGUGAACUUCCUGCCGAGAACAGCGAACAUCACCAUGGCUGAAAGCAUGACUCUGUAUUGGUGCUCCGGCUCUCCGCCUUGCUGGAGGGUCAUGAUCACUCUGGAGGAGAAGAACCUGCAGGGAUACAACCAGAAGCUGCUCUCCUUCGAGAAAAACGAGCAAAAGUCCGAGGAGGUGUUGGCUCUGAACCCGCGCGGACAGUUCCCCACUUUCAAACAUGGAGACAUCAUCGUGAACGAGUCCUUUGCAGCCUGUCUUUACUUGGAGAGCCAAUUUGAGUCCCAGGGAACCAGACUGAUCCCAGAGAACCCCAAAGAACAAGCACUGAUGUACCAGCGCAUGUUGGAGGGUCUCAACUGCUACGACAAACUCAAUUGGGUCAUCUACUACGAGUUGAUGGUCCCUGAAGAUGAGAGACAUGAGUCUGCUCUGAAAAGACACAGGGAAGCUCUGACCACUGAACUGAAACUCUGGGAGGGUUACCUGCAAAAUGUGGCUGAGGGCUCCUACCUUGCAGGAGACUUCUCCUUAGCCGAUGUGGUUGGAUUUCCAAACGUCGCAUUGGUUGUUUUUUUCGGGCUGUCAGCUGAACGUUACCCCAAACUGACCGAAUACUACAACCUGCUGAAGGACAGACCCAGCAUCAAAACCACCUGGCCGCCGCACUGGUUGGAAAGCGAGCAGGGACCUGAGGUCCUGAAGGACAUCUGAAAGAUUCUAAAAGAGUCUCUGUCCAAAUUAAUACAUUGAGCACAUGCUCAUACUGUGAUUGGAGGCUAUUACUGAAUUACUAUUGAGAGUUUAGCUUGCAUACCUAUCGUUGUUUUUUACACAAGGGCCUGAGUUCAAACAUAUACUAAUCGAACAUGUAAAGAGUCAGUUAUUAACACGUUCACUUCAAUGCACAGUAUUGGCUCUUCAGUAAAAAAAAUGUUGCCGAACCUGAAACAUGAUUUGUUGAUGCAAAGAUUUGUUGGUAAAGUGAGGAGAUCAACACGAAGUCGAGUCUCAAGUUCAGAAUAAACAUGAAGGAAAGCACACAUAGUUUAGUUGAGUUAAAAACUGCAUAUAUAUUCACACCAACUGUAAUAUAACACAAUAAAAACACGUUGAAUGUUUAAUUGUUUGCAAAUGGUUGGAGUUAAUGGAAAAGUGAAAUAGGGGUAGGCAUACUAGAUGUAAUAUCCACAUGUUAGAGAAAUAAAAUCAUUCAUUCAAUAGAAUAGCAAGAUGUGUGCAGAGAACGAAAUCAAACUGCAAUUUAACAUGACAUUUUGACCAGGAGGAUUUAAAUACAGGAAUGAAGAAAUUAGCAUUUUGUUGAUGAGGUUUGAUGAAAAAAAAGAAAGAAAGUUGUUUUUUCUUGUUGUCGUUUCCUGUGUUUUCUCUUCUUCAAGCCUUGAAGGAAGGUCCCUUGUGAAUGUUCUGGGGGUGCUGUGUGGAGGAAAGCUUGUUAUAGGUCAAUUUGCUAGUAUAGGUCAAAACUAGUUUCGGUCAAUUUGAAGGAACCCCAUUUAAUUUCUUUCUUAAUCAGUUUGCUGAUAUCAUUUACCUUAUUGCACAUUGUAGUUCAUUUACUUCUCUUCAUUCCCUUGUAAGAUAUCACUAAUUGAUUAAUGUCUGUGCCUGUUUGUAGAUGCUCUUUCUAUAUUACUCUAUUUUAUUCUGUUGGGAGCUUAUAUUCUUCAAAAUAAAAGGUAGAAAAUA